AUGAGGUAUGACGGAACUCAAGACCCGCAGGAGCACCUCAUGGCCUUCGAGGCCAGGAUGAACCUGGAGGGAGUGGGAGACGAAGUAAGGUGCCGCGCCUUCCCGGUCACCCUAGCAGGCCCUACGAUACGGUGGUUCAAUAGUCUCCUCCAGGGCUCUGUGACCGGCUUCUCAGAGGUUAGUUGCGCCUUCUUAGCACAAUUCACCACCAGGAUCGCGAAGGCAAAACACUCGAUCAAUCUGCUUGGCGUCAAUCAGAAAACCGACGAGACGACCAAGAAGUACUUAGAUCGCUUCAACGACGAAUGCCUGGAGAUCGAGGGGUUAACCAAUUCAGUGGCCAGUCUCUGCCUGACGAACGGGCUCCUUAACGAAGACUUCAGAAAGCACCUCACCACAAAGCCAGUCUGGACGAUGCAAGAAAUCCAAACGGUAGCCCGCAAAUACAUUAAUGAUGAGGAGGUCAGUCGAGUUGUGGCCGCCAACAAGCGGCAGACCUCCUACACUCAACCCAGGCAACACAGCAAUGGAGAAAGACAGAAGGAGCACGCCAGAGAUGGCGGACCGAGCAAGGCACCCAGACCAUUUUCUCGUGUUGGAAAAUUCACCAACUACACUCCUCUCGCCCUCCCCAUCAUAGAAGUUUAUCAAAAAAUAGCCAAAAAGGGAAUCUUGUCAAAGCCCCGACCUAUGAAGGACCGAACUGGGGGGAACAAGAGCUUCUGCUGUGUUUACCAUAAGGGCUAUGGACACAAAACGCAGGAUUGCUUUGACCUGAAGGACGCACAAGAACAAGCAAUCAGGGACGAAAAACUAGCCGAAUUCUCCCACCUCAUCAGAGAGCCGAGAAGACGAAAUCGCGACUACGAUGGGGAAUCUCCGCGGAUAUCUGCGGAUUUUUUUAAAAAUUAA